AUGGGUAGCUGGCUGGACUUCAAAUUUAAAAAAAGGAAUAUUUUAAAUGAUGAUGAUGAUGGUGAUAAUGAUGAUGGUGAUGAUGAUGAUGAUGGUGAUAAUGAUGAUGGUGAUAAUGAUGAUGGUGAUAAUGUUGGUGGUGAUGAUGAGAUGAUGAUGAUGGUGAUAAUGGUGGUGAUAAUGAUGGUCAUAAUGUUAGUGGUAAUGAUGAGAUAA